GGCUUCACAAAUAAUGCUCAUUACCUGCAUAUGGCCAAACGCUACAGUUAUAUUUUCUGGCGAGGUGGGUCGUCGUUUCUGUACAACAUUAAAUGCUGCUGAGAUGAAGAAAACGUGAUCGCAGGCGUUGUCGGAUGCAGGCAGGUGUUGUGAUCAGGAGCAGCGGCCAGGACUGCAGGUAUGGACACCUGGACACCCAACCCAAGAGCCAAACCCUUCAUCCCCCGCCAGCAGCGCAGCCUCUACCUCACAUGGAAAUACAGACUCGCCAACAAAAGAGCAGUACGACGAAUCUGCCAGGCCAGUGCUGUCCUGUUUCUACUGAUCACAGUGAUUGUGAAUAUCAAACUCAUUCUUGAUACAAGGAGAGUAGCCAGUGGGGAGGAUGCAGCUCAAGAGUAUGAUGAUGCCCUGCCUAACAUGGAAACUCCACGGAGACCAGCCAGUGGGAGGAAGGUUUUGGAUAUCGAGGUGUACUCUAGUCGAUCUAAGGUUUAUGUAGCAGUGGACGGUACCACUGUUCUGGAAGAUGAGAUGAGGGAGCAGGGCCGAGGCAUACAUGUUAUAGUUCUAAAUCAGGCAACUGAUCCAGCACCCAUAGAGUUUAAUCCUGACCCACUGCCUAACAACAAUGUCUACAACGUCCCAGUAGCAGUUAUAGCUGGAAAUAGACCAAACUAUCUAUAUAGAAUGCUGCGCUCUCUUCUUUCCUCCCAUGGUGUCAAUCCACAGAUGAUCACUGCUUUUAUCGAUGGCUACUAUGAGGAACCCAUGGAUGUGGUGGAUCUCUUCGGUCUUAAAGGAGUUCAGCAUACGCCUAUCAGUAUUAAGAAUGCUAGAGUGUCACAGCACUACAAAGCCAGCUUGACUGCAACCUUCAAUCUGCAUCCAGAUGCAGAUUUUGCCAUUGUCUUGGAGGAAGACCUGGAUAUUUCCAUAGAUUUUUUCAGCUUUCUCAGUCAGACCAUCCAUUUGUUGCGUGAGGAUGACAGUCUGUACUGUAUCUCAGCCUGGAAUGACCAAGGCUAUGAGCACACAGCAGAGGACCCAUCUCUGUUGUACAGAGUGGAAAGUAUGCCUGGCCUUGGCUGGGUGCUUAAAAAAAGCCUUUACAAGGAUGAAUUGGAGCCCAAAUGGCCAACUCCUGAGAAGCUAUGGGAUUGGGACAUGUGGAUGAGGAUGCCGGAACAGAGGAAUGGGAGAGAGUGUGUCAUUCCUGAUGUCUCCCGCUCUUAUCACUUUGGCAUUAUUGGCUUAAACAUGAAUGGUUACUUCCAUGAAGUUUACUUUAAGAAGCACAAGUUCAACACAAUUCCGAAUGUUCAGAUGAAAAAUGUAGAUAGCUUGAAGAAAGAUGCAUAUGAGAUUGAAAUCCAAAACCUUCUACGUGGGGCCGAGGUUCUGGACCACAGUAAAAACCCAUGUGAAGACUCAUUUAUCCCAGACACAGAGGGAAAGACCUUUGUAAUGUUCAUCCAAAUGGAGCAGGAAACAGAUACAAACACCUGGACAGAACUGGCGAAGUGCCUGCACGUAUGGGACCUGGAUGUACGAGGUUAUCACAAAGGACUCUGGAGGCUCUUCAGAAAGAAGAACCAUGUACUAGUAGUGGCUAUUCCAAUCUCACCAUACUCUUUUAGAACAGUCCUAAUCCCACCCAAAGGGCCUUUCCUAACCACUAACAGACAAAGCCUAUGUCAGGCCAAUAAUGGGCUUGGUGUUACCCUUCAGGCCAAUGCAAGACAAAAGGGGUGAACUAUAGGAUGAACCUGACUGAACCGUCCUGAGCCUCUAGGAACUGCAGGCUUUUGAAAAUAGAAUGGUAUAAGUGUGGAUUUCUAAAAAUGGUGUGUGAUGUGACCUUCUCUUUUGGUGGUAUGUAUUUUACAGUGAGAGCUUUUCCUGGGGUCAUGAAAUUUCAUAUGUGUUUAUGCUGGAAGGUUUGACAUUAGAAAAUAAUUGAUAGAUGUUUUAAAGUAUUACUGGUACUAUAAUAAAAGCCAGAGCUGGUUUGUGUUACUGAAUUGUGACAGCAGAUAACGUCAAACCAGGACACUGUGAAAAAGGGAUUAAAAGGACAUAAGAUACUUUUUUUAACACUACUGAGUGCUUUGGGCCAUCCUGCGCAUAUGUUUUAACUUGCGUCUAUUUAUUUUGUCAAUAUUAAGAUAACUAGGUUUUUACUUGAUGAAUUAACUUUUACACAAGAAAAAAUGCGUUAAGAAACAAAAGGCUUAAAUUUGUUUACAAAUUAAACUAUGUACAGACAUAUAUACUUUUAGAACAAAAUAUUAUCAUAUUUUUUUGUAUUUCUGUUGGUUUGAGUACU